AUGAGUUUUUUGACAACUCCAACUGGGUUCUCAGCUUUACCCUCCGAUUGUCUUCGUGAAAUCUUCCAAUACUUCGUAAAUGAUAUGACAUCACUUUACUGUUGCAUGUUAGUGAAUCGUACUUGGUGUAGGAUUAUUAUUCCAUUACUUUGGCGUCGUCCUUUUGAGUAUUCCGAAUCAAAGUCAAAAAAAUAUUUUGAAUUGAUUCGUACAUAUUUAGAUUGUCUCACUAAUAGUGCAAGGAUGAGAAUACGCAAAGUGGGAUACUAUCUGCCUUCAUAUCCAAGACCCUUAUUUCCUUAUCAUGAAUAUUUGAAGGAAUUGGAUUGUGAAAAAUUGGACGAGGCUGUUGAAGAAUGGAUUGGGAGAUUUGAGUUUGAUCAAUGUCUCGAAGAUCCGGAUGAUGUAAUAUAUACCGAGUUACUAAAAUUACUUAUGAGUCAGCGUCAGAGUUUAUGGAGAUUAAGAUUGGGUCAAUAUAAGAAGGGUUAUAAUCUUCCUCCUAUAUCAACAUUCCCUCGCAUCAAAUAUACUCUCGCCAACCUUCGUAGAUUCGAAUUUCGUGGCGAUAUUGAUUGUUUAUCUGAACCGGGAUUAGAUAACCUUUACGACUUUUUAAUAAAAUUAUCUCAUAUCUCGAACGGUAUUGAGAAGAUUUAUAUUGAUAUGACAGAAGAUGAUUACGGACUUUCAGUAGAAGGCUUACAGCAAUUAAUCGCAUCUCAAAAAAAUCUAUUAUCUUUCCAUUAUAACCAAGAGAUGUCAGAGAUUAAUAAUUCAAAGUCAUUUAUUGAGGCUCUAUCAAGCAAUGCAAACACUCUAAAGAAUGUUGAAUUCAAUAAUAUACCACUUAAUGAACAAUGUUUAGGUGCAUUAAAGAAAUUCCACAAUUUGGAAUCCAUGCAGUUCGUUUAUUGUUAUGAGAAAGAUAUCUUUAACGAAACCGUUAAGGUUUUAGAAGACCUUCCUUCUCAAUUAAAGGUUGAAAAGUUAAUGUUUCACAGAGGAGAUCUCUCCUCGGUAACGCUGGAAGUACUUCGCUUAGCAAAUACAAAUGUAAGGGAGUUAACGGUGGAUAAUAUAGUUCCCGAUUUAUUUGAAGUGAUCUUGGAACAUUGUCCAAAUAUUGUAUACUUGGCUGCGGCUAUAUCACAAAAGACUUUUGAAUCACUUGCAUACUUUCAACAAUUAGGAAAGAGUCUUUCACUUUCUUUACAUCAUCUUUCACUUAAUUUUAAUAUAAGUGUUGAGGAAUUAUCAUCCUUGUUGAAAGAAUGUCAAUCGCCUUUAAAAAGUUUAUGUUUGAAGUUUGACGUCAUAACAGACGAUGAUAUAAACAGGGAUGAAUAUCUUAGAGUUGUAAUGGAAUUUGCUAAAAAGAAUGAACUUUUAAAGGAGUUCAAAUUUUACCUGGACGUCAAAAGUGAUUUAUUUGAUGUUUUAAAAGCUAAAGACAUUUUUACAAAGGAUAUCUUUGCGGAAGCGCAGCUAAUUAUACCUAACAUCUCACAAGAAACUCUUAAACCCUUUACAUAUUCUGAAGGUUGGUAA